ACCCAAACACUGGGUGUGGUUCAUUAUUAAAUGGCGGACGGUGGACCUGAGGCAAGAGGAGGCAUUGGAGACUCUUUGGUUGAUGCUUUACCCUAUAUUGAUAAAGAAUAUGAUGACCCUGGUCUAAAAGAUGCUGCAUUACAGUUGAUCGAUGAAGAGACUAAGAGAUACAGACCUACUAAGAACUACAUUGACUAUCUACCAGUACCUCGUGAAUCAUUUGAAUCACCACUACUGAAGAUUGAGAUGGAUAGACUAGCUUCACGCCAACCAAUGGAAACUUUAAGUAUGAAAAGAUAUGAGUUACCUCAGCCAAGUGCUGCUCAGAAGAAUGAUGUAGGAGCAUGGCAAGACUCUGUUAGUAAUUCAUGUGCUCAGUUGGAACAUCAAAAUGAAAGGAUUGUAAAUUUGGAGUUGCUAUCACAGUAUGGCAGUAAUGAAUGGAGACUACACAAUGAGCUUAUGUCUCGUAUGGUUGAUCGCGAAACUAAAGAACUUCGAUCGCUAAAAAACCAAGUACAGGAAGUGAACUGGCAGAGGAAGACUGAGCAGACUAAUGUUGGUACACAAUUAGAGGAAUUGAAUAACCACUGGAUGACGUUAGUUUAUAGAAAUUUUGAAAUUGAGAGAGAAUGUUUAAAAGUUCAGAGAGAAAAUGAAUUUUUGAAAAGGAAAGCUGAAGAAAGACAAGGACAACAACAGCAAGACGAUGAGUCUUGAUUGGAACACUGUACUUGAACUAAGACCAUUAGCAGACCCAAUUUUGUUUGGUUUAACUAUUGUCUACGUACAUGUAGCUUUACAAAUUAUCAAGAUUAAACAAAUUGUGAUGUUAAUAAAUUAAA